AACACAAAAUAAUUCAUCUUUAAUUUUUGUAUUUUUGCGAAAUGCUUCUUCUUCUUCUUCUUCACCUUCACCUUCACCUAAUCAUCAAUGCCGCGUAAAACCCUAGAAGAUAAAAAGAAAGUCUCACUCCUUCCACCUCCAAGGUCGAGGAAAAUGUCUCAUCUUUUCCUCCUCUGUCUCCUCCUCUCCUUCCUCAAUUUCGCGGCCUCUCAAGACGACGUCGUCAUGCAAGCCCUCAAAUCGAGCCUAAACCUCACAUCGGACGUGGACUGGUCGAACCCCAACCCUUGCAAGUGGGUCACCGUCCAAUGCGACGGGAGCAGCCGCGUCACUGGGAUCCAGCUCAAGCAGAAAGGCAUCCGCGGCACUCUCCCUCCGAAUCUCCAGAACCUCUCCGAGCUCGUCAUCCUCGAGCUCUUCUCCAACAGAAUCUCCGGCCCAAUUCCCGAUCUCUCCGGUCUCACGAAUCUACAGACUCUCAAUCUCCACGACAACCUCUUCAUUUCGACGCCGGAGAAUCUCUUCUCCGGGAUGAACUCCUUGGAAGAGGUGUAUUUAGACGACAACCCUUUCCCUUCGUGGGAGAUUCCGGAGACGGUCAAGGAAGCGACCUCUCUCAAGAACCUUUCCCUCGUCAACUGCAACCUCACCGGAUCCAUUCCCGAUUUCUUCAGCUCCGAGACGCUCCCGAGCCUCGCUUCUCUAAACCUAUCACGGAACAAUCUACACGGAGGUUUGCCUUCGAGCUUCGCGAAUUCGUCGUUGCAGCAGCUCUACCUCAACGGACAGAAGCUCAACGGAUCGAUCUCGGUGCUGCAGAACAUGACGUCUCUCGUCGAGGUUGAUCUCCAAGGUAACGCCUUUUCAGGUCCAAUCCCUGAUCUCUCUGGUUUGCAGUCUCUGAGGCUCUUCAAUGUAAGAGAGAAUCAGCUCACCGGCGUUGUCCCACCGUCGUUUACUGGUCUCAAGUCUCUUACUGUUGUGAAUUUGACUAAUAAUUUAUUUCAAGGACCCACUCCGUUAUUCCAGAAGUCUGUUAGUGUUGAUGCGGUAGCGAAAACGAAUAGCUUCUGUCUGGAUACCGCUGGUGUUCCUUGUGAUCCUCGUGUCGAUACGUUGCUGUCUAUAGCUGAGUCGUUUAAUUAUCCGAUGAAGCUGGCUAUGAGUUGGAAAGGGAAUGAUCCGUGUGAUAGCUGGCUCGGGAUUACUUGUUCCCCAAGUAACAUUACAGUUAUUAACCUAGCGAGGCAGAAGCUUAUUGGUACGAUAUCUCCGAGUUUUGCUAAGCUUACUUCGUUGGAAACGAUCUUUCUUUAUAGCAACCAACUCACCGGGAGAAUACCGACAGAGCUUACCACUUUGCCUAAGCUUAGGAUACUCGAUGUGUCUAACAACUAUAUCUUCGACUGUGAUGUGCCCAAGUUCAGCGCAAGUGUGAAGGUGCUGACUUCUGGUGGCGGUCGUUGUGGCAAAAGUUUUGGUGACAUUGUGAAGAUAAUUCUUCCUGUGCUUGUUGGUGCAUUGUGUCUCGUUGGACUCGGAGUUUGCCUCUACGCCAAGAAGAGAAGAAGGAGACCCGCUAAAGUUCAGAGCCCAAACACCAACAUGGUUAUUCAUCCUCAUCACUCUGGUGACAGCGAUGCGAUUGAACUCGCUGUUGCAGCCGAGAGCUCUUACAGCCACAGCGGAAGUACCAACAGUGACAUACACGUGGUGGAGUCUGGGAACUUGGUUAUACCCAUACAGGUUUUGAGGAGCGUGACAAACAACUUCAGCGAAGAGAAUAUCCUCGGGACAGGCGGUUUCGGUGUAGUUUACAAAGGUGAACUCAAUGAUGGAACGAAAAUAGCUGUCAAGAGGAUGGAGUCUUCUGCUUCUGUUGUGAGUGAUAAGGGACUCGCUGAGUUCAAAUCAGAGAUCGAUGUUUUGACUAAAAUGCGUCACCGUCAUCUCGUUGCGCUUCUAGGGUACUGCCUUGAUGGUAACGAGAGGCUUCUUGUAUACGAGUACAUGCCACGGGGAACACUGAGCCAGCAUCUGUUCCACUGGAAAGAAGAAGAGCGGAAACCUCUUGAUUGGACUAGAAGGUUAGCUAUUGCUUUGGAUGUAGCUAGGGGUGUUGAGUAUCUACACACGUUUGCUCAUCAGAGUUUCAUCCAUAGGGAUCUUAAGCCAUCAAACAUCCUCCUUGGUGAUGACAUGAGAGCUAAGGUCGCUGACUUUGGGUUAGUCCGUUUAGCCCCUGAAGGCAACUACUCCAUCGAGACUCGUGUAGCUGGGACCUUCGGUUACCUUGCUCCAGAAUAUGCAGUGACUGGAAGAGUGACGACCAUGGUAGACAUAUACAGCCUGGGGGUCAUACUUAUGGAGCUAGUCACUGGACGUAAAGCCUUAGAUGUGACCCAACGUGAGGACAGCGUCCAUCUAGUGACAUGGUUCCGUCGUGUAGCAGCAAGCAAAGUCAGAGACGAAAACGCCUUCAAAAACGCAAUAGACCCAAACAUCAAGCUGGACGAAGAGACCUUAGCCAGUGUUGAAAAAGUCUGGGAGCUUGCUGGUUAUUGCUGUGCACGUGAGCCUUACCAAAGACCUGACAUGUCUCACAUUGUUAACGUUCUGUCUUCGCUCACAGUCCAAUGGAAACCAACUGACGUCGAACCUGAUGAUCUCAACGGGAUAGACUAUGAUUUUCCGCUUCCGCAGGCGGUAAAGAAUUGGCAAGCUUCUGAGGGGCUUAGCCAAACGGGAGAUGACUCUGGAUCUUCGUCCUCUGGUUUAUGGAAGUGAAGAUAAUACGUAGACAAGUAUCCCAGCACGCCCGUCUGGUUUUGCUGACUCCUUCACUUCUGUGGAGGGACGUUGAAGAAAAUAAAAGACUGCACUCAGUUUCGUUAAAACGUUUUAGUAUUAUAGAUCGUUUCGUAAAUAAUCAAAUAUACAAGUCGAAUAGGUAAAGACCCUCCCUUAUGCGCGGGGUAAAUAUAAUUUAAAUUGAUCUUCAAAACUAUUAUUUUGGUUCACAUUAAAUAAUUGAAAUAUUUAAACAGUUUCAUAAUAA